AUGCGCUCCACCAUUGCUGUCUCCGCUCUCCUAGUCGCUGCUUCCGCUGCUCCUUCCCUGGCACUCCCUAUCGCUCCUGCAAGCGGUAGCGAGGCUCUUAACUGGUACAAGCUUGGCAAUGCUGCGAGUACCGUUGGAAAGACGCUCCUUCACCUGCGCGAGGAGGAUGCCCUCGUGGCGCGUGCUGACGCCGGGAGCGAGGCGAUCAACUGGUCAUCCUUCCACCCCACUCCUUUCGGCCCCGCUGUCGUCCGCGAGGACGCGUUAAUUGCCCGAGCUGCGCCCGCAGGCAGCGAGGCUAUCAACUGGAAGAAACUCGGCGGUUUCGCGAGUACAGUCGGAAAGACGCUCCUUUCCCUGCGCGAGGACCCAAUUGUGGCUCGUGCAUUCGAAGAUGAGCUGUUGGCCCGCGCUGACGCUGGCUCCGAGGCCAUUAACUGGGGGGCAGCCUACCUCUUUCACCCUCUGCGCGAGGUGGAUCCCAUCCUCGCUCGCGCCCUUGAAGAUGAGCUGCUGGCUCGCGCGGGCGGUAGCGAAGCGAUCAACUGGCACGACGUUGGUCAGGGUCCGAUCCACGAUGUGAGGGAGGAGGAACUUCUGGCUCGUACAGAGACGGAGGGUAGCGAGGCGAUCAAUUGGCACAGUGUUGGUCACAAUCUCAAGGAAUUUGGUCAGGGUCUGAUCCACGACGCGAGGGAGGAUGAGCUUAUAGCUCGCGGUUUCGUGUGGAGUGAGCUGGAUUGA